AUGAAUAAUCAAAAUGCCGUGGCCACGCUGCUGCAGGAGUGCAAGCAAGCUCUGGACACGCUCCUGUCGGCAAAGGCUGACACGGGCGAGGAAGACGAUGAGAGGUGUGAGUCUUUGCUUCCCGAGGAUUUGAGGACCCUUCUGGAGGAGGCAAAGGAAAUGAAGUGGCCCUUUGUGCCGGAGAAGUGGCAAUACAAACAAGACCUUGUCCCAGAAGACAAAACAAACCUGCAAGAUAUGAUCAGCGCGAGGCUCCCCAAUUUGCUGGUUUAUUUGAAAGCCUCCAUCAUGGUCAAGGACUGCGUAACAGCAACAGCUAUUGUGUUCCUGAUUGACCGGUUCCUGUAUUGGAUUGAUGCCUCCAGCAAACUUCUUCAGAUUGCCAAGGGUCUGCACAGGCUGCAGCCCACCACGCCGAUCAGUCCUCAGGUGCUCAUCCGCCAGGCUCGCCUCUCUGUCAACACAGGUAAACUUUUGAAAGCUGAAUAUAUCCUAAGCAGUCUUAUUAAUGACAAUGGAGCAACAGGUACGUGGCGAUACGCUAAGGAAAGUGAUAGGGUUCUCGUUCAGUCAGUCUGCUUACAAAUCAGAGGACAGAUUCUGCAAAAGCUUGGGAUGUGGUAUGAGGCAGCAGAGUUGAUUUGGGCUUCAGUUGUGGGAUAUUUCAAACUUCCUCAACCAGAUAAAAAGGGAAUUGCUACUUCCUUGGGUAUUAUGGCAGACAUCUUUGCUUCCAUGAAUGAGAAGGAUUAUGUACGUUUUAAAAGCAAUGCUGAGAUUGACCUGAGCCUUCUCCGAGAGUUCAGUCAUCGCUUCUUAUCAGCUGCUGAGGCCUGCAAACUAGCGGCAGCCUACAGCCAGUACACCCCGCUGUUUGUCCUCACAGCCGUGAACAUCCGUGGGGUGUGUUUGCUGUCUUACAGUCACUCCAAGGACUGUCCCCCAGAAAAGAGAAAGUUCUACUUGUCCGAAGCCAAAGAAUCCUUUGAGAUCGGCCUCCUCACCAAGAACGAUAAGAGUCCCGUCACCAGCAAGCAGGAGCUCCAUAGUUUUAUUAAAGCUGCUUUCUGCCUCACAACCGUGCAUCGAUGGCUCUAUGGGGAGAGUGAGAAGCUCCGUGAGGUGAGUCGGCUGUGUAAAGAUGCCGUGGGAAAACUGGACUCAUACAGCAUGUCAUUUACAGGAGAGGAAGAGAAAGGAAUGCUUGCCAAAGAGAUCAUGUCUCUGAUCACAUCUGUGAAGAAGCACCUGCAAGUGGAAAGCUUCCCUAAUUCUGAUGCCAGGUCUUACGUUCCAGACAGUUAUAAAGGCACAGUGCAAAAACCUAUCCUGCAAGGGGAAGCCAACUUUGACAAAAUCCUUGCCAUGCAUUCUCAGCACCACCUGUCAUUGUGUGAAGUAUUUGAAAAUACUUGCAGGAUUCAUAAAGCCACACCAGGAGAAACCCAAGUGGGAGCUUGUAUCACAACCUUAAGAACAGAAACUAAAAACAUAGACACUGUGUGUACUACGGAAGAAAUAGUGUACCAGAGGAAAGGCGCUGUCAAAAUGCUGAAUUCACCAACAGCAGGAAGUAGCUCAGAGAGACUCGGUGGCCGGAGAAAUAAAUCCGUUGGUUCUGAUGUGAUGAAAACUUCCUUCGAUGAAAAGGUUGAUCCAUUAGAAAUAGAAAUAGAAAUAAAUGGUGAAAACAGUGUUUUCAGCAGACGAUCCAUAACCGAGCACUUUGCCUGUGCCACUACUGAAGAAGAUGAAGAAAAGUCUCAGGACAUGGUGAGCAGCAAGAGACAAUCCAGUUCAUCUCUGAGUUCAUGGUACAAAUCAGCACAGAUGCCCAGGAGUUCCCCUGAAAGUCCAUUUCCGAACCCAGGGGGAAGUGGUUUUGUCUUCAUGCCUGGGAGAACGAAGGAAGAAGUCCUUGAUGCUCGAUUUCUGAGGGAUGAUGAUUACAUGCAGCUUCUGGCAGGGGUAGAACAUAAGUGGCUUGUCCAGAGACUGAUGCCUGCUGGAACUUUUAAGACUAAACAGCUUCGUAAAGCAUACUCUGCUCUUCUUUUAAAAUACUCGAAGAAAUCAGGGCUCUGGACAGGCCAAGAAACGGCUGUAUUCAUUGGGGACUACCUGAACGUGGCAAACGAAGGCAAACAGAGAAGGGCAUUUUGGAUCCACUUCCUGCACCAAGAAGAAAUCCUGGGAAGGUAUGUUGGGAAAGAAUAUAAAGAAGAAAAAGGAAUUCUUCAUCAUUUCAGUGACGUGGAACGGCAAAUGACUGCCCAGUACUAUGUGACGGAAUUCAACAAAAGGCUGUAUGAGCAAAAGGUCCCUACCCAAAUCUUUUAUAUCCCCUCUGCAGUACUCCUGAUACUGGAAGACAGAACUAUAAUAGGAUGUGUGAGCGUGGAGCCCUACAUCCUUGGGGAGUUUGUGAAGCUGUCCAAUAACACGAAGGUAGUAAAGACUGAGUACAAAGCCACAGAGUACGGUCUGGCCUAUGGCCAUUUCUGCUAUGAGUUCUCCAAUGGAACAGACGUUGUUGUUGAUCUGCAAGGUUGGGUGACAGGUAACGGGAAAGGCCUCAUCUACCUCACAGACCCACAGAUUCAUUCUCUUAAUAGCAAAGAUGUUUCACACUCCAACUUCGGGAAGAAGGGAAUCUAUUACUUCUUUAAUAAUCAACACAUGAAGUGCAAUGAGAUCUGUCGCUGCCUUUCCUUAACAAGACCCUCAGUAGAGCUGCCAGUGUAG